GGCUGGGCAGGUCGCGACUCGCUAGUAGUCAGCCAUUGCUGUGUCGUGGCUCUGUAGCCUAACAAAACACGAAGACAGAAAAGAGGCAGUGAGUUGUAGCAACAGUGUUUCGCUGAAGAGGCUUUUUCAUCUUUUUAAACCGCAAAUAUCCUGGUAUUUUCUAUUCUUAGAUAAUAGGAUUCAUAGCUCCAGAUAUGUCCUUCAUAUUUGAUUGGAUUUAUAGUAGUUUCAGUAGUGUACUACAAUUUCUAGGACUGUACAAGAAAUCCGGGAAAUUAGUAUUCCUGGGCCUGGACAAUGCUGGCAAGACGACACUACUGCAUAUGCUUAAAGAUGACAGAUUGGGACAGCAUGUGCCAACCUUGCACCCAACUUCAGAAGAGUUGACAAUUGCUGGCAUGACCUUCACCACCUUUGACCUGGGGGGUCACGCACAGGCACGACGAGUGUGGAAAAACUACCUCCCUGCAAUCAAUGGUAUUGUCUUCCUGGUGGAUUGUAUAGACCAUCCAAGACUGUCAGAAUCUAAAUCAGAGCUUGAUGCCCUCAUGACGGAUGAAACAAUCGGAAAUGUGCCUAUCCUCAUCCUUGGAAACAAGAUCGACAAACAAGAAGCCAUCAGCGAGGAGAAACUGCGUGAAAUUUUUGGAUUGUACGGUCAGACAACAGGCAAGGGCAAUGUCCCUAUGAAGGAGCUGAACACAAGACCGCUGGAGGUGUUCAUGUGCAGCGUGCUGAAGAGACAGGGUUAUGGCGAGGGCUUCCGCUGGCUCUCGCAAUACAUCGACUAGACGCCGCCACCAGCAGAGGGCGCUCCAGGAGCCCGGCCCAGCCCACCAACACCAUGCCCAGUCCCAUGUCUGGAAAAUCCGCUCUCGAAAAAACAAACAUCAAAACAAAAAAAACACCACUGGUACAACUUGAGCCCAAUAGACUUUUGUUGGUCGAACAUUUGGUCUUACACCCUCUUCUCACAUGUUUUUUCUAAGAGAAUAACCUAGCCUUUGAUUGUGCAGAUACAUGUAAAUCAAAACGGAAGAUUUUUUUUGUUUCUUCUCUCGGUUUUCUUUCUCCUCCACAAGAAGCCCGUUGGUGUGUGAAAUGCAACUCAGUUGUAGAUGAUUCCAAUGGUAUUUGGGGCCCAACCGUUUUGAAGCUCAGUUUAAACAGUCCAAGUUGUCCUUUCUCUGCGCAAUACACUUUUUUACAGGAAGGCUAACAUUCAUACAUCUGCCUUUUUCCAUCAUGUUUGUUUUUUCUUUCUUUUUUUUUUUUAAACAUGAUUUCAGUAAACUUGUAUAAUUAUAAAUAUAAAUAUUAUAUAUAUACGGCCACAUAGACAUAUCUGGUUUUAAAGGAUUUUUGUCUGGCAGUCCACUUUUCUCCCAGCUUUUUGUCAUGCAAACUUGAAAGUAUCAGACAUUUUUACUAAUUGAAUUUAAAUUGGAAGUGAAAUAGUCACCUGAUUCAGACAGCACUUGUGAACUCUGAAAAAUGUUAAUCCUCACGACUUAUUGAAAUAUAGACUUUCCACACAUUCUCUUGUGUUACCAGGUGCAUCUAAAGGUAAACGAAAGACAUGGCAAUAAAUCUUUCACAAGACAGAGGAAGUGCAAUUCUCUUUUAGAAAGGAAAUGGCGACAUUCCUAAUUGACCGAAAGUGUCUCUUAUCUUUGGGGGUUGCGUUUUUGAAGGCAGAUCUACAGGAAAACGACUACAUGACUGUGAAUAACUAGAAAAGCAGAUCGAGUGUAGAGGAAAUGGGGGGAAUACAGACCUUUGCUAUAUGACACGACAGAAGUUAUCCCUCUGAAUGCUAAGGGUUGGUUGAAUGGUGAGGAGACCAUACCGUGAUCCCCACCCAGAAGAGAGAUAGAGAAUGCUUAAAAGGAGGGAUGUAUUCCUGAACGAGUGAACGAACCAGAUGUAAUGCAUAUGAAAAACCAUACAUGGAUUUUUUUUUUUUAAGUGCAUUCCUGAGUAGCUCUUGAUUUGAUCAAUGUGCAUUACAAAAAGAACUAUUAUGCAUGCCUUGUUCCUUAAUUUUUAAUGACUACAUACAGAGCCUAGCGAGUGAAAUUUACAAAACAAGGGGGGUCGUAUGCCAAAUUAACUUGAGUAGAACUGAGAGUAGUCUCAGUAGUCUUUUCUAAAGAAAACAAAGAGGAGGCGAAAUGGAAUGGCACAUAAUCGUUUCUGUUCUGUCCUUUUGUGUCAUCAAUCUUUCAUUCCAUGAGCUGUUCCACGUAAGGGAGAAACUGUUGUUUGCAUCAUAAAUUGUAAUAAAUGUUUGCAAUGAAAACUG